AGCAUCCAAGCUAGGGGUAGGGUGGGGGCGGUUGAGAAGGGCAACCCAGCAUCCCCCGACCUCGGCUUCGCCGCCGAGGAUGACGCGGGAGCGCGCGGCCGCCCCCAGAAGGCUCCGGGAGAUGGGGCGGGCCUCCACGUAGACCCCGGGGGUCGCUUGCUCCUGCCAGCACGCCUUCGCCGAGGCCGGGAGCCUGGAGCACGCUCGCCCUCCCGCCCCCCAGCCGCCUCUGCCGCCGCCCCCUCCUUGGAAACCAAGUUACCAACGUUAAACCAAUCCCGGAACGCAACUCUGCCUCCUCCACAACCCACCCGCCGCGCCGUCCUCUCGCCCAGCUCAGCGCUCGCGCUCUCCUCGCCUCCUGCGCUUCCCCCGCGGCGGCGAUGCCAGGGCCCUCGCCGGGGCUGUGCCGGGCAUUGCUCGGCCUCUGGGCUGUCCUGGGCCUGGGGCUCUUCGGCCUCUCAGCGGUCGCGCAGGAGCCCUUUUGGGCGGACCUGCAGCCCCGCGUGGCGCUCGUGGAGCGCGGGGGAUCUUUGUGGCUGAAUUGCAGCACCAACUGCCCACGACCUGAGCGCGGUGGCCUGGAGACCUCGCUGCGCCGGAAUGGGACCCAGAGGGGCUUGCGCUGGCUGGCGCGGCAGCUGGUGGACAUCCGCGAGCCGGAGACCCAGCCGGUCUGCUUCUUCCGCUGCGCGCGGCGCACGCUGCAGGCGCGUGGGCUCAUUCGCACUUUCCAGCGACCGGAUCGUGUAGAGCUGGUACCGCUGCCUGCCUGGCAGCCUGUGGGCGAGAACUUCACCCUGAGCUGUAGGGUCCCAGGCGCUGGGCCUCGUGGGAGCCUCACAUUGACCCUGUUGCGGGGCACCCAGGAGCUCAUCCGUCGCAGCUUCGCCGGGGAGCCACCCCGAGCGCGGGGCGCGGUACUUACGGCUACAGUACUGGCGCGAAGGGAGGACCAUGGGGCCAAUUUCUCCUGCCGCGCGGAGCUGGACCUGCGGCCGCAUGGCCUGGGGCUUUUUUCAAACAGCUCCGCCCCCAGAGAGCUCCGAACUUUUGCCCUGUCUCCGGACCCCCCGCGCCUCGCUGCCCCCCGGCUCUUGGAAGUGGGCUCAGAAAGACCCGUGAGCUGCACCUUGGACGAGCUGUUUCCAGCCUCAGAGGCUGGGGUCUACCUGGCGCUGGGGGACCGCAUGCUGAGUCCCGAUAUCACCCUGGAGGGGGACGCGCUCGUGGCCACGGCCACAGCCACAGCUAACGCAGAACAGGAGGGCGCCAGGCAGUUGGUCUGCAACGUGACCCUGGGGGGCGAGAGCCGCGAGACCCGGGAGAACGUGACCGUCUACAGCUUCCCCGCGCCGGUCCUGACCCUGAGCGAGCCCAGCACCCCCGAGGGGAAGGUGGUGACAGUAACUUGCGCAGCUGGGGCCGGAGCCCUGGUCACACUGGACGGAAUUCCAGCCGUGGUCCCGGGGCAGCCCGCCCAGCUUCAGCUAAAUGCCACCGAGGACGACGACAAGCGCAGCUUCUUCUGCGACGCCAUCCUCGAGGUGGACGGGGAGACCCUAAGCAAGAACAAGAGCGCCGAACUCCGCGUCCUAUACGCCCCUCGACUAGAUGAUUCUGAGUGUCCCAGGAGCUGGACGUGGCCGGAGGGCCCCGAGCAGACGCUGCGCUGCGAGGCCCGCGGAAACCCUGCGCCCUCCGUCCACUGCGAGCGGCCUGACAGCGGGGCGGUGCUAGCGCUGGGCCUGCUGGGUCCGGUCACUCGAGCUCUCGCCGGCACUUACCGCUGCACUGCGGUCAACGUCCAGGGCGAGGCAGUCAAAGAAGUGACGCUGACGGUCGAGUACGCCCCAUCGCUGGACAGCAUGGGCUGCCCAGAACACAUUACAUGGCUGGAAGGAACAGAGGUCUUGCUGAGCUGCGUCGCACACGGGGUCCCGCCGCCCAGCGUGAGCUGUGUGCGCCCUGGGGAGGCCGGGGUCGUCGAGGGCCUGCUGCAUGUGGUCCGGGAGCACGCAGGAACCUACCGCUGUGAAGCCACCAAUGCUCAAGGCUCUGUGGCCAAAAAUGUGGCUGUCACGGUGGAAUAUGGCCCCAGUUUCGAGGAGCUGAGCUGCCCCAGCAAUUGGACGUGGGUGGAAGGAUCUGGGCAGCUGUUUUCUUGUGAGGUGGAUGGAAAGCCAGAGCCAAGUGUGGAGUGCAUCGGCUCAGAGGGCACCAGUGAGGGGAUGCUGCUGCCGCUGGCCUCCCCAGACUCUAGUCCCAGAGUCCCCAGCAGCGCUAGUGAACUGGCACCUGGUAUCUACAUCUGCAAUGCCACCAACCGGCACGGCUCCAUGGUCAAGACAGUCGCCGUGAGCACGGAGUCGCCACCGCAAAUGGAUGAGUCCACCUGCCCAAGUCACCAGACGUGGCUGGAAGGGGCCGAGGCUGCAGGGCUGGCCUGCGCCGCCCGGGGUCGCCCCUCCCCACAAGUGCGCUGCUCCCGGGAGGGCGUGCCCAGGCCUCAGCGGCUGCGCGUGUCCCGAGAAGAUGCGGGUACCUACCGUUGCUUGGCCACCAACAUGCAUGGCACGGACGCACGGACGGUCACCGUGGGCGUGGAAUACCGGCCGGUGGUGGCCGAGUUGGCCGCCUCGCCCCCCGGGGGCGUGCGGCCAGGCGGGAACUUCACGCUGACCUGCCGCGCAGAGGCCUGGCCCCCAGCCCAGAUCAGCUGGCGCGCGCCCCCGGGGGCGCUCAACAUCGGCCUGUCGAGCAACAACAGCACGCUGAGCGUGGCGGGCGCCAUGGGCAGCCACGGCGGCGAGUACGAGUGCGCAGCCACCAACGCGCAUGGGCGCCACGCGCGACGCAUCACAGUGCGCGUGGCUGGUCCAUGGCUGUGGGUCGCCGUGGGCGGCGCGGCGGGGGGCGCGGCCCUACUGGCCGCGGGGGCCGGCCUGGCCUUCUACGUUCAGUCCACCGCUUGCAAGAAGGGCGAGUAUAAUGUGCAGGAGGCCGAAAGCUCGGGUGAGGCCGUGUGUCUCAACGGCGCGGGCGGUGGCACUGGAGGGGGCACGGGUGCCGAAGGUGGAACCGAGGCUGCGGGCACCGCGGAGGCGCAGGCAGGGGGCGAGGUCUUCGCCAUCCAGCUGACGUCGGCUUGAGCCGGUUCCCCUCUCCCCGCGGGCCGGGGGACGCCCCCCAGAGGCACACGGGGGCUUACUUAUUGUUCUAUUUAUUUAUGUAUUUAUUUAUUUAUUCAUUCAUUUAUUUAUUCAAUUCCAGGGGCGUCACCCCCAUUUUCUACCCACCCCCCCAACAAAUAAAGUUUUUAUAAAGGACUCUGGGUCUGUCCACUUCAGUCUCUGCCAUGUGGAAGCAACCCAAGGUUCCAGUCCCAACCCCGUGGGUUAUUCAUACAUAAACUACUUUGGCUUGUUUGUUUUUGAGGGCCUACUAUGUGUCAGCACAGCCCAAGCCACCUUCAUGCGGUGUGGGCUGGAGCGUGUUCUCUCCGUGUCCCAUUUCCUGCUGUCAGCCAGCCUUGGGCUGGGGUGGGGACUGCAGGCCUUCCUCCCGCUCCCUGACCCUUAUCUCUUCCGCCCAGUGCUGCCCUCUAACCCCGCUAACUCUUGCGGUGGGAGCUAGGUGAUUCCCCCAGGCCUGGUUCCAGGCGCCGCAGAAGCUGUCUUCCCAGGGUGGGUGGAGCCCCCUCCCCGGGGUCUGGGCAUUGGGCCCCUGUCCUGAGGUCUCGCCAGGAUGAGGAAAUGCAGACAGUGGCUGCACUUAUGAGUGACAGGUCCCAACUAUUAAAGGGUGCAUCCCCGCCCCACCCUCAAUGCCUCCUCCAUCCUGUGUCCAUCCACCGUGCCUCAGUUUACCCCCAACCUGCCUUUUGACUGCCUGUCAUGAUUCAGAAGAGACACACGGCUAUCAGCUGCAACCCACUCCGCACACCACCGCCCCCCUCACCCCCUACAGCAUAAGGAGAGAACAGCUGCUCUCCCCCCACCCUUGUGGUCUCUGCCUCCCUCAAAAGCAGGAACAGAGCCUGAGAGAAGGAAGCAGUCCUGGACAGCUCCCACUCCAUCAGCUGCCCUAGGCACGCAUUUCCUGAGCAAAGGUAAGAGCAGGAAAUGGUUGCGGGGGGAUUGCUAGGGGGUUGGGGGUGGGAGGAACUAGCGGCCUGUCGCACACACACACACCCCCUUAACUACUUCCCUCCUCACGAUUCCUUAUGUCCCACCAAGUCCAGCCUGCCACAGGGCCUUUGCUUUUGCCAUUCCCUCUGCCUGGACUGUCCUCACCUCAAAGUCCCACAGCCAGUUCCUCAUCCUCAGGUCUCUAUCCAAAUGUCAGAGAGGCCUUGGCUGUCUCUCCUCCGAGAGAAGCAAAACUGAGGUAGCCCUCCAACGCCUUAUCUCCUUACAUACUUUCUUUUCUCUGUAGCAUCAACCACCACUUGACACUCUAUUAGAUAUUUGACUGUUUACUGUCACUUUAGAAUGUUGGCUUCGCUAGAGCAGGGUUCUUUGUUUUAGUCACCAUAAACUGCCCCCCUUGGGGUCUGGUACACAGUAGUUGCUCAAUAAAUGCUCAAUAAGUGGGUAAAAACAGCCGUGAGUUCACAGGUACACAGUCUGAGACCUUCAUGUGUUCAACGUGCAUCCCCAAAGAACUCCAUGCUGGGCCCUGGGAUGGCCCAUCACGGUCAGGGACACAGUUGUGGCCUUGGACCCCUGAAGUCAUGGUCCAGGUGGGAAGAUGAAGGUGAAUGAAAUAACCCCAGAGCAGUAGAGAGCUGACAAAUUCUGGGAGGUUCUAGGAGGGAGACCAGUGAGGAGCUGAACUAGAGCGUGACAGCAUGGGAGUGGGGUAUGUAUUUUAGACUGGGUGGUCAAGGAAGGCUGCCCCACCCUCCCAGUAAUGAGAAGGCAGCAGCUAGGGGAGACGCCGGGGAGGGUGUUCUGAGCUGAGGGAUCUGAGGGCUGAGGAACUGGGCCCAGACCUUCCCCACAGGCUCACCCAAAACAGACAAAGAGGGUUUCACAGGGGCUCCCCUUCCUGGGCUACGUGGCCUGGCAGGUCUCACUCACUGCCAUGCGGGACCACCCCCCACCCUGGCUGCAUCCCUCCAGUUCUCCCAGUGGGCACUGGUAUCCUGUGUGUUCUGGCGACAGCGACAGGGCUGAGCUCUGGCCAGGGCCCUCUUCUCCUGAAUGGCUUCUGGCUGCAGGCUAGGGACACCCGUGGUGGGGUUGGAGAGCUCUUGGAAGAGGGGGGAGGGGACCACAGAAGGGACUGGUGUGCAUAAAGGUGUAGGAAGGGGACAUCCUGCAGGCAGAGGUGGAGCUGACGGAUAAAGGGACCACUGUGGGUGUAUCACUGUGUGCCAAUGUGUGUCAGCUAGGUGCAUUUUCCGUGUGUUGACAGAUGUAUCUGUCCUGUGUCUGUCAACGCUUGUUUCUGUCUAGCGUGUGGUCUAUGUGUCUCAUGUGCGUGUCAGCACACGCGAGUUUGUCAGUGUGUCUUGUAUGUGAAUGUGUGUUAGCCCACACACACGUAUCUGUCUUGCCUUUUUUUAAGAUUUUUUUUUUAGGGGGGCACCGGGUGGCUCAGUUGGUUGGGCGACUGCCUUCGGCUCAGGUCAUGAUCCUGGAGUCCCUGGAUCGAGUCCCGCAUUGGGCUCCCUGCUCCGCGAGGAGUCUGCUUCUCCCUCUAACCCUACCCCCUCUUGUGCUCUCUCUUUCAAAUAAAUUAAAAAAUAAAUAAGAUUUUUUUUAGGGGUGCCUGGGUGGCUCAGUCGUUAAGUGUCUGCCUUCAGCUCAGUCAUGAUCCCGGGGUCCUGGGAUCGAGCCCCGCAUCUGGCUCCCUGCUCAGCGGGAAGCCUGCUUCUCCCUCUCCCACUCCCCCUGCUUGUGUUCCUGCUCUCGCUUUGUCUAUGUCAAAUAAACAAACAAAUUCUAAAAAAAAAAAAAAAAAAAAAGUUUUUUUUUUUUUUUU